AUGCAAUGUUUUCCCUCCAUCGCCUUGCUGGUGGCUUGCUGCCCUGAUGCGACUGUGACAUCCCCUCGAGAACAUGGCUGUCCCGAGAGGUACAUUGCGAUGCACGACAGCUGCUGCCACCGUCCCGUCAUUAGCGCUGUUCUCAAGGCUUUGGGCACACUGUCGCCGGUGGACAUGGCCCGCCUGUCUCAGUCAAGAGAGGAAUAUACUGAGAGCCUGGAAGGCAUCGAAGGGCUCAUGCGGACCUACCUUCUCGACAGCGAUCACGGCAGUGUGGAUGCUUGGAGGCUCUUUACCUCGGCCUCUGCCCGAAGGUCCUUGAUGAGCGUGGACCUUUUGAAGGAUCGCUUCGUGAAGCUGCAAACUGUGGAGGAGGCCCAGCAACUCUUGGCGGAGGCCGUUCCGGCGAACCGCCGCCUUGGCCGGGCGCUCUUCCGCUUGGAGACAUACUACAUUUUCCUUCUUGGACACAUCUCGGCGGUAAGGCGGCAGCGAAUGCAGGAGCUCAGUCUGGAGGCCACGCGCGAGCUUUUUGACCCGUCUCUGGAGCUCUAUGAAGCCGGGAUGCAGGCGUACAGCUUCCUGGCCUACAGUCUCAUUCCCAACCUGCAGGUCUUUAGCCGUCAGUUGGAAGCACCGGUGGGGCGCGGCUAUUUCCAUGCGAACUCAUCGCAGAUGAAUUCGGCUUCUUCGGCCCCGGUGGCUCUGCUCAUCGUGAGCUUGGGAGACUGGGCAAAGACUGGAUUUCUGACCCUUUGGAGUGUUCUCCAACAUCGGACAGCCAGUCUUCGCGUGGUGGUGCUUGGGGACGAGCCGGGAUUGCGUGCAUGGCAACUAGCAGUCCAGGAGCUCAAAGACCAAUUUACGAAGUUUGAGGGCGUGACCUUUGAGUACAUCAACUUCAACGACCAUCCGCAGUUCUCCAUGUACCUCGAGAAGUACCCCACUGAGACUUGUAGCUUUGGUGCUGCUGGGAAAGCCAUCCUGGCGCGGGUGGUCUGCCAUCUACUGCUGCCACCGGACAUAGACAAGAUUAUUUCGAUCGAUGUGGGUGACAUCAUCCUGCUGGACGACAUUGCAAGCCUCUGGAGGGAAUUCGACAACAUGCAGGAACACCAUGUGCUGGCGGCACCCCACGCAGUUCAAUUGCACCAUGUGAAUGCUGGUGUGGUGCUCUACUACGUCGCGAGGAUGCGGGAGAGCAACUUCACUGAAGAGACCCUGCGAGCUGUGAGCGACAUGCAACGCCGUGCUCCCGACCCGACUUGCCUCCGGGACCAGUCCAUCAUCAAUGUGCUUCAUAGCCACCGGGAAGACUUUGGCUAUGCUGGACCCAGCCCGGUGAUGAUCCUUCCCUGUCGCUGGUCGGUCUUUCCGACCACCGAGUGGCUCUCUUAUUGGAACAGCCCUGAGAAGUGGCUAGACGAGCUUCGCGACAAGCGCCGCUAUCCUGGGAUCAUCUCCAUACACCACGUUGAGGUCUUCUGUCCCGACGACAUGGAUCUCUUGUCAGCCUGGGCUUUCUUGCCACUGAAGUCCACAGAGGACGAAUCCAAGCAAACGCGAAUGCGUCUCUAUGCACACUACCACGGUACGAAGCAGGAGCGAUACUGCUCGAACGAGCGGACUCAACGCUGCUGCCGCUGUGGGGAGCGUGCCUCUUU